AUGAUUUCGGCUUCUAGAUUCUGGAUUUUCGCUGUUUUUGUGUCGUUUGCAGUUGUUUCCGUGGUGGUUGCCGAUGAAUGCAAUGAGGACAUCAACGCUUUUCUUCCUCUUCCCUAUGCUAAUAUGACACAUAUGCUGUGUAAACCUGUCUGGAACUCAUACAUUAUUCGGUACUCCCAGAGCAAAGACAAUGUUGUGACAAUUGUAUUAUCAGCAACCUACACAAGUGGAUAUGUUGCAAUGGGGUUCUCGAAGGAUGGCAUGAUGCUUAACUCGAGUGCUAUGGUCGGCUGGAUUACCCGAAAGGGUAAUCCAGUGAUUAGACAAUACUAUGCCGAGGGCUUCAAUCCCUCGCAGGUCAAACACGACAAGGGCGAGUUGCCCUUGACGGGUAUUCCUCCGUUUGUCACGGUUAAUGGUGCAAAGAUUCAUUUGGCAUAUCAACUCAAGUACCCGAGUCAACUCAAAACACAACCGAUUUUGUUGGCUUUCUCAAGCAAGUACCCUGAACACCACCUCCUAUCCGUUCAUGAGGACAAGACAACCAUCAACUUUGAUUUCUCCAAAGGUUCUUCGGGAUCAACAUCAAGUUCAGGAAAGCCUCCUAGCAAUCUCCAUCGAUCAAAAACGACUCAUGGAGUAUUGGGUUUGCUAAGUUGGGGCUUAAUACUGCCGUAUGGUGCUAUCGUCGCCAGAUACUUCAAGCACAAGGAUCCGUUAUGGUACUAUCUGCACGUAGCCUUUCAGUUUGUCGGGUUCAUAUUCGCUGUUACCACAGGAUUUCUUGGAUUAAGUAUGUAUAACAGAUUCAGCUUCCAUGCGCCUGCACACAAAGGCAUCGGAAUAACAGCCAUCGUGCUCAGUGUUCUCCAGGUUAUGGCAUUCUUCAUAAGACCUGAUAAAGACAGUAAGAACAGAAAGUAUUGGAACUGGUACCAUCAUAACGUCGGGAGAAUUGCUCUCUUUUUUGGAGCCCUGAAUAUAUUACUAGGGAUACAGCUUGCUAAUGCUGGAAGUUCAUGGAAGAUAGGUUACGGGUUUCUUCUUGCCGCGAUCAUACUUAUGUCUAUUGUUCUAGAAGUAUUCAAACUGAAAACACCCGCCAACAAGUUCCCUCCGAAUCCAGAUUUCCAAAUGGAUCCUGGGCACCAGUGAAUAUUUACACAAGAAUCUAAAAGUACUACUCAUUUCGAUUUCAUGAAACUAGAAAGUGGAGCCAAGAAAGAAGUGUUUUAGAAGAUGGUAAGGAUUGAUUGAUACAGAAAGGCAAAAAGCCUUUGUGUUUAAAGGGUUUUUGAAGAAACAGAGUUUUGUACAGAUAGGCAGAUAAUUGUUUGAGAUUGUGAUAUGUUAUGGAAAAAUGGUAGGUGUAUUGAUGCUUAUUACUUUUGAGGAUGCUGUAUUACCUGUUUUUUUGGGUGGCUUGAGUGUAAUUUUCUUGUUCUUUAAUCCAACUGUUUGUUUCCGUGA